AAUAAUAAUAAUAACAACAAUAAAACAAUAAAGGCGACUCUUUUGCUGUCAAACAAAAUGACGAUGACUUCCAAUAAUUCAUUCACCAAUUUGCCCUCUACAAUUCGUUAACAACAACGAGAGAAAAUUACCCAAUCUUCAAUUUCACCAGUACCCUGUAAGCAUCGAAGUGAGUCAUUGUGUUGGCGAUUUCCUCGAGAAUUUCUUCAAUUCGAGCUCCAGUUUCCACUUUGAAGCCCAAUUUCAUCGAAGAUUUCCUUCUUUCGUAAGCAAUGGAUUCAGCUACUUUAACCUUGUCAUCAUCUGUCAUUUUGCGUAAUUCAUCCCUGAAAUUACUUGUCAUUAGAAAGAUUCAACCCUCGUUGUGUUUCAAAAGGAACGAGUUCUCCAGGAUCUCCGCGCUCUAUGCCAAUGGCUCUGCUUCUGGGGGGGAUUCUUCAGCUGCAGAUGUUCAUAGACGACGAAGUUCUUUUGAAUCUUUGUUUUGUUAUGACAAGGCUAUCCCAGAGGAAAGAAUUGAGACGCCUAUCGGAAUAUCUCUGGCAGAGAAAAUGAUUGGAAACAAUCCCCGUUGCACUGAUUGUCAAGCCAAAGGUGCUGUUCUUUGUGCAACUUGCUCCGGUUCUGGCUUGUAUGUCGACUCAAUAUUGGAGAGCCAGGGAAUAAUUGUGAAAGUUCGUUGUCUAGGUUGUGGUGGAACUGGCAAUAUCAUGUGUUCAGAAUGCGGUGGUCGAGGUCACCUGGGAUCUAAAUGAGUUGUGAAGACUCCUUUCUGAAGGAUUCAUCUUAAACUGUCCCCAGCUGUAAUAUUGGGCAUGGCUUAUGUUUCGAUGAUGGGAUAUAUUAAUCUUGCAGUUCAGUGAAUAUCGAUAGAGUUCAUUUUGAUUUAGGCAGUUUGUGGGAUAUCCUUACCAUAUUUCAGUUCAAUUUUGAUUUAGCUCAAAUUACUCCCCAGUGUUCUCUUCCGGCAACAUUUGUACUUGUAACUUUUGUUUGUCAAAUCGACACAACUUGUAACAGAAAGUUAUGGAAUGUAUGAACUAUGAUGUCAGAAUACAUGAAGUACAAGGAAUUUUUUUCACAA